UGUGCAACCUACAUAAGUUGGGCAGCUGGCCCUCUACUACAAGAGUAAUCAGUGUAAACACAACAGCGGUAGGGAGCUCAUGCACGAGGAUAGCACAAUACCGCUUGCUGUUGUGUACUACCUACGAGAAAGUGCAUUGCAUCACUUGCACGAAUCAGGUUAUUUGUUGGAAUCAAUUAGAACUCAAGCGUUGUACCGAGUUUUCUCAUUAGCGUGAUAAGUUUUCUUAUAAGCGAGAUAGUCUCCAUCGGGUGUCUUCAACACCUUUUAUUUUGACAGGCAGCUCAUCGAUAAAGAAAAUCGACACUCAUCAUGGACAGCACAAAGCGCACUCGAGAGCUGGUUUUCGAUGCAGUCGCUGCGGAUGAGGCGAUGUCUCGACUUGAGGAAUAUGAUUGCGACACAAUCGUGAGUCUGCUACCUCGCAUGCAGAAACUAGCGGCGGAGAAAAUAAGUGACCAAUUGAGGAGAUCUGCCGCCACAGAGCCCCUCUACUUGAAUGGUAUGAGUAUUCCGUCAGAGAUUAUGCUGCACGUGUUUAAGCUGCUGGACCUUGAGUCUCUCAUGGAGUGUCGACUGGUCUGCAGAUUAUUCCACUCUCUGGUGCGCGACUCGCGGUUGUGGACCUCGUUACCUCGAGCGACCUAUAUAGGUGGCGGGCGAUUGGCUAAAAGAGGCAUUGACUUGUUCGAAACGAUUGAGUUCGUUAGCCGCUAUCCAAAGCUGCGUGACUGGACUGUACCAAGUGGUCUCGACUUCGGCAGAGUACCAGUCGAUGCAAUGGACGCUCUCGCGUUGGCAGUACCAGAUACGCAACGAUGGCAUUCGUUCAAUAAUCAAACACUCACCCGAGAACACGUGGCAAGACUUUUAAUUGGUUGGCCUUACCUUCGAUCUUUGUCAGUAGUGUCAGCAGCGCUCCCGGUAGAUCUUGCGUCUCUGACCCACCUCUCUGUUCGUGCUUAUGACAUGUUUGAUGGGCGCUUACCUGUAAUCCAGUCGAAAAGCUUGCGGCAUUUGGACUACUUCGGUGUUGGUAUACACGGCACCAUUAACAAUCUUCUUAACAAGUGUCCUAAUUUAGAAACACUUUCAAGCGCAUUAACUCUUGAUGAAGCUCUCGUCAGCGAUGGUCUCCGGUCAUUGAAAGUUUAUUUCGUGCGUGUCAAUGAUGCCAUAUCAGCCUGUUCCGCACUAACUGAUUUCGAAUACGACGUCAUUCCUGACGAUGAGCCCGAGGGCAAUUGGAGUGAGACGGUCAAGAAUUUGAGGGGGGGGUCUCAGGAUUCCGCAACAGAAAUAGAUUUGCAAUUAUUCCCCAGCCUAGAGAGCUUCUUUAUUACGGACUUUAAAGACCCAAUCUACUCGAACUCUCUCCGAAGGUUGGAUAUUGGCAUUUUCUAUCUACCGUACGGAUGCAUCCUAAGCAAAUUGGAGUGGCUCUCUGUGAAAGAUAGUGAAACUGAUGACGAACGUGAUACACCUAACGAUAAGCUUUUGCUCAAGUAUGACAAGUGCCAUUGGCCACGAGGACUGAAGACGCUACGAAUUCAGCUGAGGGACAAAAUGCACGGCUCCAGGCUAUGCACUGAAUUUGUGAAGGAAGUCAUCGCUGAUCUCCCUGAGCUGAGGGAGCUAAGUGUCAAUGCAGUCCUUGAUACGAAUGUAUAUUCACCUGUCUUGACCGAGUUAGCAGUGGAUGGUUUCCAAGACUGGCCAAAUAUAGUUCGAACUGUCCGAGGGAGUGGCAAUCUCAGAGUACUUAAGCUAGGCAUCGGCCAGAGCAAAACGGGAUUGUCUAAUGCAUUUUGGGAUGAUAUGAGCCUUUCAAUAGAUCUCGCCAAGGUGAAGAUCAUGGUACCUCUCGCUUUGCGAACAAAAAUGCCGCCGGCAUUUAAAAGAAUGUUGCUAAAGGGUAAGGUUGCUUAUUUUGACCGUUCAAAAACCAGCUCCUAUGGGCAUUAUAAUGAAUAUUUUCUUUGGCCGCAACACGACUAAGGCUAUGAGUACUAUGCGCUAGAUUAAAUUGCCGG